AUGGCACCUGUGCGGAGUCGUUCGACGUCGCGCAAUGUCCUCUCUUCCCUUUCAGUUUUCUUCUUUGCUUUCCUUGCACUCCUUUUUGUGACAACUCCCGCACAUGCUGAGGAGGCUCACCCAGAGUAUGGAACUGUCAUUGGUAUUGAUUUGGGAACAACGUAUUCUUGCGUUGGUGUAACACGAGGUGGUGUCGUAGAAAUCAUCGCCAACGACCAGGGUCACCGUAUCACACCGUCAUGGGUCUCUUUCACGGAUGAGGAACGACUUGUUGGUGACUCCGCCAAGAACGCUUUCCACUCCAACCCCGAGAACACCGUCUUCGACGCUAAGCGUCUCAUUGGUCGUAAACUCCAGGAUGAUGAGGUCCAGCGCGAUGUGAAGCACUGGCCCUUCAAGGUUCGGGAGAAGGAGGGCAAGCCCGUCAUCAGUGUCAAGCAUAAGGGCGAGACUCGCGACUUCACUCCCGAGGAAAUCUCCGCCAUGAUUCUUGGAAAGAUGAAGGAGACCGCUGAGGCUUACCUUGGUAACAAGGUCACCCACGCUGUCGUCACUGUCCCUGCCUACUUCAACGACGCUCAACGUCAGGCCACCAAGGAUGCCGGCACCAUCGCUGGUCUCCAGGUCCUCCGUAUCAUCAACGAGCCCACCGCUGCCGCUAUCGCCUACGGUCUUAACAAGAAGGGCGGUGAAUCCCAGAUCAUCGUCUACGAUCUCGGUGGUGGUACUUUCGACGUCUCCCUCCUGUCCAUCGACGACGGUGUCUUCGAGGUCUUGGCUACCGCUGGUGACACCCACCUUGGUGGUGAAGAUUUCGACAACCGAAUCAUCGAGUACCUCACCAAGCAGUACAAGAAGAAGACCGGUACCGACGUCUCCAGGAAUCUCCGUGCCCUCGGCAAGCUCAAGCGUGAAGUCGAGAAGGCCAAGCGCACUCUCUCCUCCCAGCAGUCCGUCCGCAUCGAAAUCGAGUCCUUCGAGGAUGGCAACGACUUCUCCGAGACUUUGACCCGUGCCAAGUUUGAGGAGCUCAACAUGGACCUCUUCCGCAAGACCCUCAAGCCCGUCGAGCAGGUCCUCAAGGACGCCAACGUCAAGAAGGAGGAUGUCGAUGAGAUCGUCCUUGUUGGUGGUUCCACUCGUAUCCCCAAGGUUCAGCAACUCCUCAAGGAGUACUUCGGCAAGGAACCCUCCAAGGGUAUUAACCCCGAUGAGGCCGUCGCCUACGGUACCUCUGAGGUCGUCCUCGUCGACGUCUGCCCCCUUACUCUCGGUAUCGAGACCACUGGUGGUGUCAUGACCAAGCUCAUCCCCCGUAACACUGUCAUCCCCACCCGCAAGUCCCAGAUCUUCUCCACCGCCGCCGACAACCAGCCCACCGUCCUCAUCCAAGUCUUCGAGGGUGAGCGAACUCUUACCAAGGACAACAACCUCCUCGGCAAGUUCGAGCUCUCUGGCAUUCCUCCCGCUCCUCGUGGUGUUCCUCAGAUUGAGGUCACCUUCGAGAUCGACGCCAACGGUAUUAUGAAGGUCUCCGCCGCCGACAAGGGUACCGGCAAGUCCGAGUCCAUCACCAUCACCAACGAGAAGGGUCGUCUCUCUCAAGAGGAGAUUGACCGCAUGGUCGCCGACGCCGAGAAGUUCGCCGCUGAGGAUGAGGCUCAGCGCAAGCGCAUCGAGGCCCUCAACGCCCUCUCUUCCUUCGUCUACGGUCUCAAGUCCCAACUUGGUGACAAGGAGGGCAUGGGUGGUAAACUCGCUGAUGACGACAAGAAGACUGUCACCGAGAUCAUCAAGGAUACCACUGACUGGAUCGACGAGCACGGCCAGAGCGCCAGCACUGAAGACUUGGAGGAGAAGCUUGCUGAGGUGCAAGGUCUUAUCAACCCCAUUACCUCCAAGCUCUACUCGCAGGGAUCCUCUGACUCUGAUGAUGACAACCUUGGUCGUGACCAUGACGAGCUGUAAUUUAUUGUACGUCUUCGAUGAGCAUUCACUUAUUUCGAUUCGCACUUCAUCGUUUGUACCCUUGCCUAAGAGGCUUGGGAAGGUGUAUUAAAAACUAGGUAGCUAGUGUCUUCUCUCGUGUUUGGAGUACCGUAGAGUACUAGAGUAAUUUUGAGCAAUAGCACGCCAGUUUGAAU